CUCCCCAUCCAUCACCCAUUCCAGCCUCUCGUUCUUCGGACACUCAAAAAACCACAAAGAACGACAACCAUCACUGGCAGCACCAGCGCGCGACAAUCCAUCCAAUAAUGGCCAAGCAACACAUCGACGACCUAGCGGUGAUGCCGGCGGCCACUGCAAGGGAUCCGCCAGCACUGCGGUCGUCCAGCGAUGCAGAAAAACAAGACACACAGGGCUCACGGCUGGCGGAGAAAACCUCGGCCUUCAAAUCCCUCGGCUGGCUCGACCGCUUCCUCGCCGUUUGGAUUCUGCUCGCCAUGGUUCUUGGGGUCCUGCUGGGCAAUUUCGUGCCUGAAGUCGGCCCAGCGUUGCAGAAGGGCAAGUUUGCCGACGUGUCCAUCCCGAUAGCCGUCGGGCUGCUUGUGAUGAUGUAUCCGAUUCUAUGCAAGGUGCAGUACGAGGUUCUGCACCGCACCUUCUCGGACAGAGGCAUCUGGAAGCAAAUCUGCUUCAGCGUGUUCGUCAACUGGAUUGUGGCACCCCUUUUCAUGCUGGCGGUUGCCUGGGCGUUCCUCCCCGAUAAAGGCGAGCUCCGCGUUGGCCUGAUUCUUGUUGGUCUUGGAAGAUGCAUUGCCAUGGUCUUGAUCUGGACGAGCCUGGCGGGCGGCGACACGGAAUACUGCGCUAUCCUGGUCGCUGUCAACUCGAUCCUCCAAAUGGUUCUUUUUGCGCCGCUGGCCAUCCUUUUCAUUCGCGUCAUCAGCCGUGAGUCCGGCACCCUGGACGUAUCAUACUCGGUUGUCGCCACCAGCGUGGGUGUCUUUUUGGGCAUCCCCUUUGGUGCGGCCGUCGUUACCCGGUUUGCGGUGCGAGCGAUUGCCGGCCACGAAUGGUUUACGAACGUCUUUUUAAAGUACUUGGCGCCCUGGUCGCUGAUCGGCCUUCUGUACACCACCAUCGUCCUUUUCGCCUCGCAGGGUCGCCAGGUUGUCCACCAAAUCGUUUCCGUCGUCCGGGUCGCCGCUCCUUUGUUCGUAUACUUUAUCGUCAUCUUUUUUGUCACGCUAUGGGCGUCACGAAAAGCAAACUUCGGAUACAAGCUCAGCGCGACACAGAGCUUUACAGCUGCCAGCAACAAUUUCGAGCUGGCCAUUGCCGUCGCCGUCGCGACAUAUGGUCCGCAAAGUGAUCAGGCUUUGGCGGCUACCGUCGGGCCCUUGAUUGAAGUGCCGGUGUUGAUCUUGCUAGUAUACGUUGUCAAGUGGAUCGGGAACAGGUGGAAUUGGCAGGACUGAGAGACCAGCAGCGGCACUGUUUCGUUUCUCGUGCCUGUCGGCAACGGAAUCGGGCACGAAGAUAGAGUGAUGUUAGGAUACACAAGAGAUGGGGUAUUUUUUCACCCCUUUCUGCGCUGUCUACGAAUUGAAAUAUCAUCUCUGUGCAAUAUUGGCCACCAUAAGCAUUUCCAGUCCGAC